UGGUGGAGGAGCAUCGGCUCUCCGACCCGUGUGCUGGCGCCGAUGGUGAACCAGAGCGAGCUGGCCUUCCGGCUGCUCGCACGGCGGCACGGUGCGCAGCUCUGCUACACACCGAUGCUCCACGCCGCCAACUUUGCCUCGGACGAGGUUUACCGGCAAGACAACUUUGACCCUCACCCGUCCGACCGGCCACUGGUCGUGCAGUUCUGCGGAGACGUGCCUGCCACGCUGCUCGCCGCGGCCAGGCACGUCGAGGCGCGCUGCGACGCCGUCGAGAUCAACUGCGGCUGCCCUCAGGGCAUUGCGCGGCGCGGGCACUACGGCGCCUUCCUCCUCGACGAGCCGGACCUGAUUGUCUCGAUGGUCUCACUUCUCGCCUCGCAGCUGUCGGUCCCCGUGCUGGUCAAGAUGAGGACCGCGGCCGAGGCUGCGGCGUACAAGCGGACCGUCGAGCUCGGGCUGGCGCUGCAGGCGGCGGGCUGUGCGCUGCUGACGCUGCACGGGAGGACCAAGGAGCAGCGGAGCAUGCCUUGCGACUGGCGCGCGAUCCGUGCACUCAAGCGCGCGCUGUCCAUCCCCGUCGUCGCCAACGGCGGCGUCGAGGCGCCGGAGGACGUCGCGGCCUGUCUCAGCGCGACGGAGGCGGACGGAGUCAUGUCGUCUGAGGCUGCCAGCGACAACCCUGCCAUCUCCACACCUCCUCUGGCCGCCUGUUCACAGCUUCAGGUGAUGGUGGUGGAAAUGAUGAUAACAACAAUCACCUCCUCUCCGGUCGUCAAGGCGCACCUCUUCAAGCUGCUCUACAUGGCGCUCCAAGCGCACCACGGCCUGCGCGUGCGUCUCGGCUCAGCGAGCUCCUUU